AGAGUGAGCAAAGUGCAACCUUCUGCAGCUGGAAUCUGCUUUCUCUGGAUGUCAAGUAUGAGGCCAAUAGUACUGAGGAAUUUACCUAGUCAUUGUCGACCUACAUGUAUACUAAGAACCGUCCGGUAGACUAGCUGGUCCGGAUUUUUUUUUUAAAGGGGAAACCGUUCUGCAUGUUUUGGUCUUAGUCUGCAACCGGAACAAGAUACUGUUUUUUGCCUAGAUAAAUAAUCACUACCUUUCUUGGUUCUGUGUGAUUUGACCACUUUCCAUUAACACGAUAUACUACGAACUAAUUUUGUUGAUGCACAGAUCACUAUCAUGGAUUAUGACAAGUUUCUUACUCGAAGGGCGGUACUCUCCCAGCCGUCACCUAUCAGAUUAUUUCAUAGGCUGGCUCUGGAAAGUCCUCUUCCUGUCAUUGACAUGGCCCCUGGAAUGCCAAACGAUGACCGGACGUACCUUGUAGGGGCGAAGUUCAAUCUCAGAGAUGGCGCUACGAUAGAGUUGAGCGAGGAAGAUAUGAAAGUAGCUCAACAAUACAAUCUUUCUGAUGGGAUCGUCCCUCUGCGUGAAUGGGUGACAGAACUGACAAUGAAGAUGCACAAUCCACCAACCUAUGGCGAUGAGAACAAGGAGAAAGCAUUGAGGGUUAUCGUGAAUGCUGGAGGGAUCCAUGGCAUCAGUGGGGCUGUAUCCACCCUCGUGAAUCCUGGAGAUAAAGUUAUUGUCACUGAUUACUUCUAUGCUGCAUUCACUGGAAUGUUACGACGAUACGAGGCAGAGCCUAUAUCCUUAAGAACUGAAGAAGAUGGACCAAAUAUCGAACAGCUUGAAGAGAUACUCUCAAAGUAUGAUGGAUCGGAUGAAAAGAAAUGGAGUGAAAGACCUAAAGUGAUGUACACAGUACCAAACGGCAACAAUCCAUCCGGAGAAACGACAACUUUAGAAAAACGAAAAAAGAUAUACGCCCUUGCACAGAAGUAUGAUUUCAUAAUAAUUGAAGAUGACUCCUACUACUUCUUACAGUUCAAAAAGGAGCGACUUCCAUCUUACUUAUCUUUAGACGUUGACGGGAGAGUCAUUCGGUGUGAUAGCUUCUCGAAGGUGCUGGGUGCCGGGUUCCGAUUAGGUUGGGUGUCGGGACCUACUGCGUUAGUAACACGAAUGUUCUACGACCUACAGUUUACUGUUCAGCAUGCUAGCAUAUUUUCGCAGGUGGUGGUCAAUAAACUUGUAAGGCGAUGGGGUAUAGAAGAGUUCGUACGUCGAGCCGAUGAUCUGAGAGACUUCUAUCAGCGUCGACGCGAUAUCGUGGCCCAGGCUGCUCAAAAACAUCUCACAGGGCUUGCUACAUGGAGUGUGCCACAGUCUGGUAUGUUUUUAUGGAUAAAAUUAAUUGGACUUGAAGGGAACUCUGAGAGUUUCAUCUAUUCCUUCGCCGUAAAGAACCAGUUUAUGAUGGUACCAGGUGGACCUUUCACCCUGGAAGAGUACCAAUCGUGCCCCUAUCUACGCGCAUCCUUCUCAAACGUCUCGGAAUCUGACCUUGAAGAGGGGCUGAAAAGAUUGGCAACUGCACUGAAAGAAGCAAAGACCAAACAAUCAACAACAAACAGUGCAUGAGACAUGUACCACGUACACUGGCUACCCAAUCAUUAGGACGGACAAAAUGAUAGAGCGCCAUCUAUUUCACAAUCUGUCAGUCAUCUUGGCCAUCACCAUUAUUUCCAGCAUAAUGUGUAUGCUGCAUGAUGUUGGCCACUAAAACUAAGGAAAACUGAGGGGAGGGGGGGGGGGGGGGGGGGUGGGGUGGAUUUUAACGACUCAUGUCUCUCGACCAUGGCCUUCUCUAAUGAAUAGAUUUUCUCACACCUAAUUCGGUCAUCGUAUAUUUUGACCAUUUAUCAUAAAUUUUACAAGUAAGGCAAAAAAAAAAAAAUAUUUGAUAUACGGCCUAUUAAUAUGUAGCUUGUACUUAGAAAUUGUUUCCUAAAAUCAGGCGAGGUUGGUGUAGGCCUAUAUGUGUACAUGAUUUGAUUAUAUUUUCAUUUAUUCUCAGUCUCUAUAUAUUAAAACUGACCAAAUAGCUUUGAAGUUAUAAUCCAGUAUUCUAUUUACAUUAUCUUCAUUUGGUUAUUCAAUUAUGCUGACUUGUAUUGAAUGCUGUAGUAGUUAAUUCCUCAUGAUUCUAUUAAGACGACUGUUGUUUUUUUUUUUUCAUUUUAACUUCUCGUUAUAUUUUUUCCCUUUGGGGUUCUUUGAUUCUAGGCCGUAUCGCACAGGAUUGUUAUUUUCUGAUUUCUCCAUUGUUUUCUCUCUUAAAAACUUUUUUUUUCAUACUUAUAUAUCCUUGCAAUAUUCUUACGUGUUUUUUUAAUUAUAUAUCAUAGGGAUUUAUGCAAUAAUAUUCUUAUCAUCACAUGCUGAGUUAUGUUUACACUAAAAUGUAUUUAAAAUCAAAUAAUAGUUUUUUUUAAUCCUACGUUUAUAAAUAGACAUGAGACGUUAUUAUGAGACAGUAAUGGCUAUCUUUCCCCCCUAGAGUUUAAAAGCCAUGUUUGAAUGCGUUUACCCUUGGCAGACUGUUUUUAUUCUUUCAGUUGAUAACAAAAAGCCAGCCAGUGUUUGCCCCCUCUACUACAAUCCAAUGAGGUAGAAUCUGGACAAAAUAUGAAAAUUAGUUACAUGUAUUUAGUUUUUCAUAUCAUAUCUGGCCUUGUCAUUUGAAUCCUUAAAAAUAUACAUUUUUUUUGUUAUUGAAAACGGUCUUAUUUCUGCAUUCUUGAAUAAAAUUGAGAAGUAAAAUGACAAAAAGUUUCAUAGAGCUUUAUCUCGGCAUUUUCCUUCACCAUUAAAUGAACGAUGAUUGGCUUGAUAAAGUUUACAACCGACCAACCAGAGAAUGCGUUUCAUUUGAGAGAUUUUUUUCGGACGCAUUUGAGAUUUCCGUGUAUCAUGGACGCUUUGAUUGAUGGAAAGAUGAGCCGAAGACCAACAUGAAGACUUUAUCUAAACAGUCUUGAAAGAAGACCACCCAACUAGCCCUUCCACGAAGCAUAUAGACUUGUGGAAUCUAUUACACGUAUGACAUCGAUUGUCAUUUCCCACUCUUUCUGUCAUUCUCAAAAUGUGAGAAAUUUGAUGUCGAGUAAAUAAUUACCACCAUCACGAUUUUAAACAUUUCAAUCAAACUGUCGGCUUCAAUUUCGAAUUAAAAGUUUCGGUCAAUCCCAUAUGCUUUAUAACCGUUCCGAGAUUUAAAAAAAAAUGAAAUUAAUAUUGAAAGGUUUUUUAGAUUAUUUCAGUUUUAUAUCUUAUCUCAUAGAAACAAAUAGAAACUAGUCGCUGUAUUUCAAUAAGCAAAUAUUAUGGAAUCUGAAAGAAACUCCCGAUCGAUUAAAAGUAAUUUUAUAGGUCCUAAAAUCAAUUAUGUAAUACAAUAUUGCUUCUUGAUUCUUGCAAUAAAAUGGAAAAUAAAUGUUUCGUCAC